UGUGAAAGUCCUGCUCUCAGGGCAGGAGGCACAGACCAGGGAGGCAGCUGAAAUGUGGCCCGACAGGUCUGAUGGGAACUCAGAGGCACAGAGAGAGUAAGAGUGUCAGAGUGAGAGAGGCAGGGAGGUUGCUGAGUGACUGUCAAGCCUGUCAACCAGGUGGAUUUAGGAGCAGUUUGGCUGGAAUUAAAACAAUGACAUACUUGUGUUUGUGUUGCUGAGUGUGGAACUGGAUUGCACCUGAUCAUCACUGACUGAGAGGGAACCUCGGGGGGCUCUGUGGACUCCACAACUAGACGUGACAGAGUGGAAUUUCCCCUCCUCUUCCCUGGCUGAGCCGGGGGCAGAUGGUCGCUCUGAGAGUUUGAGCAGAACUCAGGAAGGAAAGUGAGGGAAAGGGUGGGAGGAGGUCCAGAGAGGGAGAGGGAGAGGAAGAGAAGCGAGGAGUGGACAGAAGAGGAGACAUGCUUCGCUACGGUUCAGGACGAAGUGUUUCCACCACCACCACCACAACAGAGGAUUCUCCAGAGUGUUCAAGUGAGAGGAGGAUCAGACGCCUCAGGUUAACUCUACAUGCGGGGGAUCAUGAAAACAAGAAGCCAGGAACUGCAAACUCAGACACAGCUGAGAAAGAGAAGGAUGUCAAUGGGGCAUGGAAGAAGAAGAAUGGGCUGAUCCAAAGAGAGAGGCCAGCUGGCAGGGAGUCACCUCAGCAGCACCUUGGAGACAUGACCAAUGGGGUGCCAGAGACCUCGCUGCAGCAUCAUGGGCCCAAAGUGUACGGCGUUGUGCAGACAACGGGAUCGGACAGACAGCAGGAGGUGAUGGCGCGUGAGUGGACAGUCAGUCACCUUCACGAUGAGAUGAAGUACAUCAGGGAGGUGAGAGAUUCUUUAGAGAAGGUGAGAGAGCGGAUGUACGGGCAGUUCGGAGGAAUGCAGCAAUCAAUGCAGAAGCUUUCGCAGGAAAUCAGGGCUGCCAAUUCACAGCGAAGGAGUCUGGAGUCAGAGGUGAAGAUCCGGACGACAGCCAUGGAGAACUUUGAUCAGAUGAACAGCUCCCUUAUAUCUGCUAAUAUCGGCCUGCAGAAAUCCCUUCUGGAGAACUGUCAGAACAGAGUAGACAGGAGAGAGGAGGUGAAGAGUUUGCGAAGCACCUGUGAGAAAACCCAAGAAAAACUCAGAGAUAAGGAGAAGGAGCUGGCUGCUGCACAGGCUGAAAACCAGACUUUGAGGCUACAGGUGGAGUCUUCACGGGAGGCCAACACUCAGGCGCUGCAGGAGCUCUCAGCAAAGCUACAGCAGGAGUAUGAGGAAAAGCUGCAGGAGGAACAACGGAAACACAGGGAGGAGAUUGAAAACCUACAGGCUCAACUUGAUGAGUACAUCAGGCGACUAGAGGAAGCAGAGAGCAACAUCAAGAUUGCAGAAGCCAAGAUUGCUGAGAGGGACCAGAGGAUCCUUGAAGUGGAGCGUCUACUGGACUGUAUGGGGAAAGAAAAGAGUCAACUCCAAAAAAAGCUGCAGGACUCUGAACAGCGUCUCCGCUUGUUGGAGCUGACGGACAAAACUGAUGCAACUGUAGCCAAAAGGUCCAAGGAGCUGCAGUCUGAAACUGUGGAUCUCCGUGAGAGGAUCAAACACUUGAACGACAUGGUGUUCUGCCAGCAGCGGAAAGUCAAAGGAAUGAUUGAGGAGGUUGAAUCACUGCGAGCUCAAGUGGCUCAGAAGGAUAUGUUCAUCUCGGAGCUUCUGGACAGAAUUGCAAUAGUUGAGUGUGAGAAUAAUGAAUUAGAAGACAAGCUGAAGUAUUUUAUGUCCACACAGAAUAGACCGCAAGAGUUUUUGGAAACCAGGGAGAUAGGAGUAGGCUGUGAUCUGCUCCCCAGACAUGAAGCACAAAGACAUGAUGUUCAGCGUGAACCAACUCAUCUCCAUCCCAUACAACACCCACCACUCCUUCCACCUCCAUCAUCAGUGAAACCUCCAUCACCAAUGAAACCUCCAUCAUCAGUGAAACCUCCGUCACCCACUCAACCCUCAUCUCCAACACAACAUCCACCCCCCAUACAACCUCCAUCUCUAACACAACGUCCACCCCCCAUACAACCUCCAUCUCCCAUACAACCCUCAUCUCCCAUACAACCUUCAUCUCCAACACAACCUUCAUCUUUCAUACAACCUUCAUUUUCCACACAACCUUCAUCUCCCACACAACCUUCAUUUUCCACACAACCUUCAUCUCCCACACAACCUUCAUUUUCCACACAACCUUCAUCUCCCACACAAACUUCAUCCCCUACAUCUCCCAUUCAACAUCCAUUCCACUACUUGACAACACCCACCCAACCAAGGACGUUUAAGUCUAAUACCCCUCCGCCCAGCAGGCUGGAUUCCAGUUUACUGAGGUACACUCCUGUCCAGUACAGCCGCCUCCUGCAGUCCAAUCCAUCAGUAACAAGUGGGACAUUCUCCUACACUCCCUCGUCUGCAUCUGAGUCUCCUGCGAGUCAGGUCUCGUCCAGGAGAGAUCAGGUGGACGCAGACACAGACACACAGUCAAGUCCAGAUGAAUCCACUUCAUCCUUGUUCUCUUCUCGACCAAGAUCGAGAGCCCCUCAAGUUUAUUCACCAUUCAUGAAACUAAUGGAAAUAACAGCAAAUAUUAAUAUAGAGUGAACUUGAAGGAGUAGUUUGACAUUUUGGGAAAUACACAUUCUCUCGAGUUUGAUGAUAUGUUCAAAAUCAGUUUCAUUUUUUUAUGUUAAAUAUGAAGCUAUUGUUAGCUUAGCUUAGCAACAAGACAGGGGGAAACACCUAGGCUGCAGGCUUUGUCCAAAUAACACAAAACCUACAUAUCGUCAUCUCUACAGCUGAUUAACAACAUUAUAUGUAUUUAUUCAAUUUGUAAAAGAAAACACAAACUCCUGUGAAAUCUAUUCACACUUUAGAGGUGCUGGUAGGUGGAUUUUGAUACUUGUGGACAGAACAGUAAACAGUUUCCAGUCUAAAUUAUAUGUAGCAGCAGUUAGCUUAGCAUAAAGCAAAUCUAUACAUAAUGACUGUACAGUAAACAUGUUGCUGUAGUUAAAGUUAACAGCAGUUACAUUAUUUAUCAUACGAGAGGUAUUAAUCCUCUCUUCUAACUCUCAGCAUAAAGUGAAUGAGUGUAAUUUAUAAAAUGUUGAACUAUUAUUUAAGUCAAUUGUCUUUGGUCUCAUUUUAUCUUUGGUUGAUUAUCUCUUUUAAACAAUAACCAAAUGUGACUUUUUUUUUAAUACUCAAAAGCUGACACAUGUGUUAUUAAGUCUUAUGGUUCAGAAUAUGAUUCUGGUUGAUGAUGUGAAAAGUCUUUUCAGCCAUUUGCACAUAGCACCAUUAAUAAAAUGUUGGUUGCUGUUGGGUGUAAAUAAUGUGUAAUGUAAAAAUAUUUUGUAAAUAACAUACAGAAGGAUUAUAUUUGUUUUGUUUACAGUAAAUGUAGCCUAUGUUUCCUGUGGAGCAUUGACUCCUAUAUGAAGGUUGAUAAGGUUAUUGUGUGUAUUUUCCUCAUUUUAUAUUGGCUCUGUACAAAUUAAAUGAAUAUUAUUUUCUUAUUUUUCACAUUUUCACAAAAAUAUUUAUUAACAUGCUUUGUGCCUUUGUGAACAGCCUAGUAUUUGAUACUGGUGGUGGGAGUGAAUCUCUUUAAAUUGGCGACAGGGUAAUAAUAACAAUGUAAUAUGAAGUGCAUUUUUAUGCUAAUGAUAAAACUGUUAAAUCACUUUAUAGAUAUCGACCUUAUUGAGGUGACUGCCAUUCCUGAGCCACAGGCACAAGUAUUAUCCAGCUGUUAUCUGCACUGCCACAACUGUGUUUCAUGACGUGCCUUUUCCUUAACGAUACAUAUCACAGUGCGACUCAUGUUAAGAGGCCAGCGUACGUUUGGAUAAUAAAGACUUUACUGUAUAAGUAA